AUGGCAGUCCUCCACCAGUAUGACUAUAUCUUUGCGGUAACCACGAUCUUUGCAUUCCUCGACGCCUGGAAUAUCGGUGCCAACGAUGUCGCUAACUCGUUUGCCUCCUCGGUCUCCUCCCGGUCUCUGACACUCAAGCAGGCGAUGCUGAUCGCCGCUUGCAUGGAGCUCGCCGGAUCGAUCAGCGUCGGCUCUCGUGUGGCUGAGACUGUCCGAGAGAGGAUCAUCGAUCCGCACUUGUACGACGCCGAACCGGCGGUGCUGAUGCUCGCCAUGAUGUGUGCCAUUAUCGGGUCCUCGCUCUUCCUGACCGUCGCCACACGAGCCGGACUCCCUGUGAGCACGACGCAUUCCAUCAUCGGGGGCCUUGUUGGGGCAGGGACCGCGUCGGUGGGGAUCAAGAACAUCCACUGGGGCUGGAACGGGGUCGCGCAGGUCUUUGCCGCAUGGGGGGUUGCGCCGGGCAUUGCAGGUGCUCUGGGGGCAAUCAUGUUCCUUAUCACCAGGCACCUCGUGCUUUCGAGCAAGUACGCUGUGCAUCGAGCCCUAUUAUCGAUCCCAAUCUACACGUUCGUCACCAUCGCGGGUCUGACCAUGCUCGUCGUCUGGAAGGGGAUCCAGCUGGACGUCGAGCUGAGCGCGAUGCAGGUCUCGGUCGCCGUCGUCACUGUUGCGACUGGCUGCACCCUCCUCGAAAUCCUCUUCCUGCUUCCGUACCUCUGGCGCCGUGUCAUGAUUGAAGACUGGCAGCUGAAAUGGCACGAUGCAUGGCGCGGUCCGUUCCUGCUCUCGCGGCCACUCCCCAGCCCUCCACCGCCCGGUCGAAGCAGUCUAAAUAUUAAGGACUACUACCGCGGCCACCUGACGCAGGAGGAGCUCAAGUGUCUUCGCGCCUCAGAGUCGCUCCUCCAGUCGAUUCAGUCGGCCGACGGCUACAACGACCCUGAGCGGCUGGAGGGGACAACAACGUCACGCGUCGAAGGGGUCCCACCGCGGCCGGCUGGACCGUGGACCAGCUGGCCGGUGAUUUGGUGGUAUGUCCAGCGCGUUUUGUAUCGUGGUCUAGAGCAGGACGUAAUCCAGGCGCAAAAGCGGCAGACCGUGCUCACCUGGGACAUCCAAGAUAUGCACGCCCGCGCAGCCAGAUACGACAAUAGGGCAGAAUAUAUGUACAGUUCCCUGCAGAUUCUGACGGCAGCCACGGCCUCAUUCGUCCACGGGGCCAACGACGUUGCCAACGCCAUUGCCCCGUUCGCGACCACCUACCUGGUGUGGCAGAACGGGAACAUCGCGGACGAGGUGCCGGUGCCGACCUGGGUAUUGGCUUUUGGCGGCGGUGCCAUCGUCCUGGGCCUGCUGACCUAUGGGUACCAUCUCAUGCGUAACCUGGGCAAUCGGCUCACCCUCAUGUCGCCCUCGCGCGGGUUCUGCAUGGAGCUCAGCAGCGCCAUGACGAUCCUGAUGGCGACAAGACUCCGGCUGCCGGUGUCGACGACACAAUGCAUUGCGGGCGCAUCAAUCGGAGUCGGCCUGGCCAACGGCGACUGGCGCUGCAUCAACAUGCGUCUAGUAGUGUGGAUCUACUUUGGUUGGAUCAUCACAGUGCCGGUGACGGCGUUGUUGGCGGGAAUGCUGAUGGGUUUGAUACUCAAUGCGCCGCGGUGGCCUGCAUCCUGA